UCCGGGUCCCAUAAAUCUAAAAAAGUUCAAAAAUCUUUAGUUGCAGGUCAUCCCCUCUCUUUCUCCCUCUCCACUUGAAGUGCUGACUAUAUCAGACACUACCACCAAUCGUAGCUUUGCUGUAGGGAGAGAUAUGUCGGAGAUAGUGGGAGAAGCAUGGAGAAAGUACAUGCUACAAUUGCAACUUCACCCCCUCAGAACUAAGGCAGUGACAGCAGGUGUAUUAAUUGGAUUUAGUGAUGCAAUUGCACAGAAGAUUUCUGGAAUAAAGAAACUUCAAUUUAGGAGGUUGCUUCUUCUUAUGCUCUAUGGUUUCGUGUACUCAGGACCUUUUGGGCACUUCCUGCACAAGAUGAUGGACAUCAUAUUCGAGGGCAAGAAAGGCAACAAGACUAUUGCCAAGAAGGUGCUGUUGGAACAAUUAACAAGUUCCCCAUGGAACAACAUGCUUUUCAUGAUAUACUAUGGCUUGGUAGUUGAGGGAAGACCUUGGGGUUUGGUCAAGAACAAAGUGAGGAAGGACUACCCUUCGAUUCAGUUGACUGCAUGGAAGUUUUGGCCAAUCGUUGGUUGGGUGAACUACCAGUACAUGCCUGUGCAGUUCCGUGUCGUUUUCCACAGCUUCGUUGCUUCGUGCUGGGGAAUAUUUCUGAAUCUAAAAGCACGUUCUGUUACAAUUAAAAAGGCUUAAGGAAAGAGGAAAAAACCCAUUUCAGUCUGGUAAUCUGUUUCCAUUACUGUAUUUGUGUAGUUUCAUAACAAGCUUUGAUAUAUAUUAGCAAUCAAGAAAGAAAAUUCCUGGGUGUGUGAUGGCAUGGUUGCAAAAGAUGUUUGUAUCCUUUGAAAUGACGAAAAUGGCUGAUUACUCUGUCCCAUCCA